AUGAAGACUUCCAUCCUUCUUUCUGCGGUCUUCUCUGCCUUGGCGCAGUCCGCCGCGACCUCAGGUUGUGGAAAUCCUCUGUCAUCUCAACUCACUCAAGGAGGCGCUAGUCAAACCAACAGCCUGAAUUUCACAACUUCGGGCGGAGUUGUUCGCAGCUAUCUACUCCAUAUCCCUUCCUCCUACAACAUCAAUACACCAGCCCCCAUUGCCUUCUCCUACCAUGGCAGGACCGAAACUCCUCAGGACCAAGAAAGUAUCUCGGGAAUGUCAAAUGAGACUAUGAACCCCAACUACCUCAUUGUUUACCCUCAAGGUAUCAACUUGCAAUGGCAAGGUGAUCCAGCCGCCGUCGGGUACGAUGAUAUUGGUUUCACGAUGGAACUUCUUGCCAAUCUGUCGAGCACUUUCUGCAUCGACUCAUCGAGAGUGUAUGCUGCGGGAAAGUCCAACGGUGGCGGAUUCGCUGCAAAUGUCCUAGCUUGUGAUCCACAAGCCUCCCGCGCUUUCGCAGGAUUCGCUGGUGCUUCGGGCGCAUACUACCAGGGUACAACAGAUGCAAACUGUAACGAUGCCACGGUGCAAAUCGUGUGCAACCCUGGUCGUUAUCCUGUGCCGAUCUUUACGACCCAUGGUGAUUCUGACCCUACAAUUCCAUACACAGGAGGAGGCCGUCGUGGUCGCUGUUUGCCAUCUGUCCCGCUUUUCAUGACAAGCUGGGCGGUGCGCAACAAUUUGGGAUCUACAAACACGUCAGUGUCACUCUACAACAACAAUGUGGUCCGCUAUGACUAUGGAAACGACAGUUUCCCGCAAUUGAGUGCUCAUUACUAUGUGCAUGGCCUUGCACACACUUGGCCUUCUCUCGCAGCGGGGUCGCCGUUCGACGCAACACCUCUGCUGCUUUCCUUCUGGAACAAAUGGACGCUGGACAGUACACCGUACAACUUCGUUAACGCCACAACGAGUACGACUGCCACUACUGCACCCACUUCUACCAUCCCGUCAUCAAGUCUGUGUCCAUCUGCCAACGGCCAGUCAGUGACCGACUCGAACAGCAACAUUUAUCUUGUCACCUGUUCAGCAGACAACAGUGUGGGAUCGUACGCCAAUACUCAAGCCUCCGCAUCAUACCUUGACUGUAUGAAUGCUUGUGAUGCUGCGAUCUCGAAUGGUUGCGUAGGCUUCACAUAUGUUGGAGGCACAAACGGUGUCGGCUCAGGUAUUCAUUAG